AUGGCUGGGCAGCGGAGGAUGUGUGAUGAAAUUAUGGCCGAGCGCCGACAAAAAGAGCAGCUCCAGUCCUCCCCCGUCUCUUCCUCUUUCCCACCCGAUCCUCUCCUAUCCCCCUGGAACAAUGUCCAAUCCGAGCUUGAGCCAACACUCACGCUAUCCUCUUGCCCUUGGCCAUUCUCGACCUCAGCAGCCCAGACGUCAUUCGGCCCACCAUCCCAGACGACACCCGCAUUCCCCUCUUACUCCCCAAACUAUGCCAGCUCGUCAACUGCGCUGGGCUCUGAGGGAGCUGGUGCCUCAUCCACACCCAGGAGUGCUUUCAAGGUCCUUUCGUCCGUUAAACGAUCGUUUAGUAUGGGUGCUCCCAAAAAGUCGGCCCCAACGUCAUCGCAUAUGCCAACCUACACCCCCGAAGAGACGGCCGCCGCACAGAUCAGAUUGUCCGAUCCCGAUACAUCCCGACCUCCUCCAACAGUGCAACAAAUUGCUGCCGGAUUCGUCACCGGCCUUCGACCCCGUACAUCAUCCCGAGCACCCCCUCCUUCGCGCUCAUCACUCAAAAAGUCCACAACCAGUAGCACAUCCACUUCUUCCUCUGUUUCCCUCGCCUCCACCAGCCUCAUGAGCACUCGUACCGGAAGUACAGCUACCGCCGCAACAAGCGUUGCCAGCUCACGACGCACUCGGCCCCGCUUCAGUCUGAAAGACGCUAUUUUUGGCAGGUCGGGUGUUCCCAUCGCACCUAUCACCACCGUUUCCCGCAAAGCUGUCAGAUUCCACGUCGACCGAUCACCCACUACCGACUCGACGCCUCUUCCGUCAUAG